AUGUCACUUACAUCAGAGGUCGCCACUUCGCAGAGGAUAACGCGCGAACUCAGAAUAUGCGCCAACCUCAAGCACAAAAAUAUUCUCCCCGUCUAUGGUUAUACUUACAACUUCAGCCCAUUUAUAGCGCUGGUCAGUCCUUGGGCGGAGAAUGGAAACCUGAUGCUCAUGGAUAUCAUAGCUGGUCUCCAAUAUCUUCACGCCAACAGUGUCAUCCAUGGAGACUUCACUGCUGUGAGUUCGAACAUUCUCGGUAGUUUCAGCUUGCCACCUAAUGUACUCAUCCAUGGUGAUGGUACUGCGUGUGUCGCCGACUUCGGCCUCUCCUUGAUGUAUUCGGAGGUCAUAAGCAUCUCUCAGGCUUCCUGGACUUCCACGCUCAACGGCAACGUGCGAUGGAUGGCUCCCGAGCUGCUCGCAUUAGAGCGGGAGGAUGAGUCUCUAGCACGGCCGAGCGAGCAGAGUGACAUAUAUUCAUUAGGUGGUAUCACGUUGCAGGUCCUCACUAAUAGUACUCCCUAUUAUUACCUCCGGAAUGAUGCCGCCAUUAUAUGGGCUAUGCAGAAGUCAGAGAUGCCUUCCCGAUCGCGUUAUCCUCCGCUGCCUGCAAAAUACUGGGAGUUUAUUGAGAAAUGUUGGUCUACUGAUCCGCGGGACCGUCCAUCGACAGAGGCAGCAGAGGGAGUAAUCAGGAAUGAAUAUCAUGCGCUAUCUAGAUCUCCUUGA